CGCACAAUGGCCGUAGUGGAGCAAGUCGCCUCCUGGUUCUGCGUUGUCUUGGCUCUCCUUCUACCUUGCCUGCUCCUCAACCUGUGGUUGCGCCGCGACACCGGCGUAGCUAACCUUCCGCCCAGCCCCUGGCGGCUGCCGGUCGUCGGCAACCUCCACCAGGUGAUCAUCCACGGGCCGCUCCUGCACCGCGCCAUCGCCGACCUCGCACGCCGACUCGACGCGCCCCUCAUGUACCUGCAGCUCGGCGAUGUCCCUGUCGUCGUCGCAUCGUCCCCCGACGCCGCCCGGGAGGUCACCAAGACCCACGACCUCAGCUUCGCGACCCGGCCGUGGAGACCCAGCAUGCGGAUCUUGUUGGCCGACGGCGACGCGCCGGGCCUGGUGUUCGCGCCGUACGGCGCCCUAUGGCGGCAGCUCCGCAAGACAAGCGUCCUCGAGUUGCUCAGCGCCCGGCGAGUGCGGUCGUUCCGCCGCGUCCGGGAGGAGGAGGUUGGCCGCCUCGUUGCCUCCCUCGCCGCGUUUUCGCCGGGCAAAGCCGUGGAUGUCGGCGAGCGGUUAACCGCGCUCAUGACGGAUGCGGUAUUCCGUACAAUGAUCGGUGACCGGUUCGAUCAGCGCGACGAGUUCUUGGAGGUCCUCGCAGAGGCGCUAAAGAUCGCCUCCGGGUUCAGCGUCGGCGACCUGGUCCCGUCGUGGAAGAUCGUGAGCCUUUUGAGCGGUACUGCGCGCCGGGCAGAGGCGAACACCCGCAAGAUGUUCGAGCUGAUGGAUCGCGUCAUCAGGCAGCACCAGGAGCGUAGAUUGGCGGAAGACGUGGAAGAGGACAUGGUGGACGUGCUCCUAAGGUUGCAGAAGGAAGAUGGCCUGGAUGUGCCCCUCACCAUGGGAGCCAUCAAAUCCCUCAUCCGAGACCUUUUCAGUGGCGGGAGUGAGACAUCGGCGACGACCGUACAAUGGGCCAUGGCGGAGCUCAUGAGAAAUCCGAGAGCGAUGCAGAAAGCACAAGCCGAGCUGCGCGACACACUCCAAGGGAGCCGGACGGUGACAGAAGAUGACCUGACCAAGUUGAGCUACUUGAAGCUCGUCAUCAAGGAGACACUGAGGCUGCACCCACCGUUGCCACUGCUCCUUCCAAGGGAAUGCCGGGAGACAUGCAAGGUCAUGGGGUACGACGUGCCCAAGGGCACCACCGUGUUUGUGAACGUGUGGGCGAUCGGCAGGGACACCAAGUACUGGACCGACGCCGAAGUGUUUAAGCCGGAGCGAUUCGAGAGCGGUGCAAUUGAUUUCAAGGGCACGGACUUCGAGUUCUUACCCUUCGGAGCAGGGCGAAGAAUGUGCCCUGGAAUGACGUUUGCACAGCCUAGCAUGGAGCUCGCGCUCGCCUCGCUGCUAUACCACUUCGACUGGGAGCUCCCGGUUGGAGUCUCACGAAGCGAGCUGGACAUGGCAGAGGAGCUGAGCGUCACCAUCCAGAGGAAGAACAGUCUUCACCUGCGCCCAGUCGUUCGUGUGCCCCUGCAAGCUGCCCUCUAGGCUGUCGCGGCAUUGUGCCCUCGUCCGAAGGUUUGUGCUGCCUUCAUAAGAUGUCGUACUUUAUCUAUCACAAUAUAGGCUAU